ACUUUAACCGUGCAGACCUGGCAACCCAGACAUUUUCUUACACGGAGAGGGCUGGUUUUUGACCUUAUACUAUCAGUAAUAUAGAGAAAACUCACUGUGUUUAUUUAUUUUUAUUUUCAUUUAUUUUUGCGGUUAACUUUGAUCGGAUAUCGCAUCUUAUUGCCCAUGCCAAGAGCUUAGGGCUUUCUGACUUAACUGCUACUCAAGCUGGCGAGUUCCAUCAGCUUCCCUCAGACUUCUAUCCAGAUGAUAAAUGUAGUUAGUGAAUUAAAGGCGGUGUUUGUUCCUGUACAGAUCCGGGUCCUGCGUCCAGCUGAUCAUGGAGGUGUCAUGCUCUGCACAUCUGGCCGGUAUGGAGAAUAACCUUCCAGCUGCAGGAGACUCCAGUAACGAAACUAAAACACACUUCCGAGUCUGUCGCUUCAUCAUCGAGACUGGAGUGAAGUUGGGUAUGCGGUCAGUUCCUGUAGCCACUGCGUGUUCACUCUACCACAAGUUCUUCCAGACUGCCAGUUUACAGGUCUACGAGCCAUACUUAGUAGCCAUGUCUUGCAUCUACCUUGCGGGCAAAGUUGAAGAACAGCAUCUCAGGACCAGGGAUAUUAUCAACGUCUGUCACAGAUAUUUCCGGCCAGGAAGCGAUCCAAUGGAGCUGGAUGAGAAAUUCUGGGAACUGCGAGAUAGUGUAGUCCAGUGUGAACUCCUCAUUCUCAGACAGCUCAACUUCCAUGUGUCCUUUGAGCAUCCUCAUAAGUACCUUCUGCACUACCUACUGUCUGUGCGGAGUUUGCUGAACCGUCACGCUUGGUCUCGGACCCCCAUUGCUGAAACAGCCUGGGCCCUGCUCAAAGACAGUUACCAUGGACCGGUGUGUGUGCACCAUCAGCCUCAGCACCUUGCACUUACAGCACUCUACCUUGCUCUGCACACAUAUGGAGUCCAGGUACCUGCAGGAGAAAGGGAAUGGUGGCAGGUUCUGUGUGAGGACAUUACCAAAGCCCAGAUCGAGGCCAUAAUGACUGAACUGCUGCAGCUCUAUGACAUGGAAGCCAAAUGCACCUGAGAGGGGAUGGAGUAUGAAACAGGCCACGUAAAGCAGACUACAUCAUAGCAGUCUUUUUUUUCCCCCCCCAGAACUGCUCCCACUACCCUUGAGACCAGAGACAGCCUGGAUCAUGGACCAAAUUCCAGAAAUAGUUUUUUCCUUGACUAUUUUGUGAUCUGAAAUUAUCCAGGUGUUUUUUUUUCCCCACAACUUAGGAAGUUGUCAAAAUGCCAACGCCCGCACUAAUGUGAGGUAGGGUAAUGAGGACUAAGAGUGAGUCACCAGGUGACAGUCAGAAAAAACAGGCUUUAGCCACGGCACAUCAAUCAGUUUCCAAGCUCAUGCCCUACUUUCCUUCCCUCCCUUGUUCCAGUUUCUCUGGGAAGGGAAGACAGAGUGUGAGAAAAGGGGGAACAUGUGAUGGAGGAAAAAGAAUUAAAGAAGAAAUCUAACCAUGCCAAA